AUGAGCGACGGAGAGUCUGAACUCACGGAAUUGGACUUUGAAGACGGCGAAGACUAUGCCCCGAGCGGCCAGUCGAAAGGCAAAGGGAAGGUCAUUGACCUGGACGACUACAAAAUCCAUGGGGCCCUCAAGGUCCCUCGCGCCGCGACGUUCACAUGCCAGCACUUGCAUCAACAAAUCCACGGCGGAGACAUUAAUUUGCAACCGGAGUACCAGCGCGAUGCGCGAACAUGUGCUGAACCUCCGCCAGGUCUCAUAGACUCGAUCUUCCGCAACUACUACAUCCCUCCAGUCAUCUUCGUGGUCCACAGCUCAGAUGACGGAGGAGAGCGGCGGACUUGCGUAGAUGGCAAACAGAGGUUGACGUCAAUACAUAGGUGUGUCACAGUAAGCGCACAUCUAUGCCUCAGUAUAUCGAACGUCAAAUUCGUGUUCAAAGAUAUCGGCAUGGUUAAGAAUUCGAAAGUACUCCCUGAACGAUACCAGAAGCUAUUCAUGACCAAGCAAGUCGUUUGCAUGGAGUAUUCUGACAUUACCGAGGAAAACGAAAGGGAAAUUUUCCAGAGAGUGCAACUCGGCAUGGCGCUAACACCUGCAGAGAAACUGCAGGCGAUAACCGGCGAACAGAAUCGCUUCGUGCGGAAAGUAAUGGACGAAUAUGUCGCCGAGAAACUAGCGGUCUACAUGGACUGGGAGACUGCCCGCGGAAACGACUUCCGAAUGACCGCAGUCGCCAUCUACUGCAUCCUGCUGUGGCCAGGGGUCACCUAUCCCACGGUCCCGGUCCUCGAGAAGUGGCUUAGGGACGAGACAGACAUCGCAGGAGAGCCAGACGAGCUGGAAGAAGUGAACGACGUCUUCAAGGUCUACUGUGCGCUCGCCCAGGACGAGAGGCUCAGCGCCUGCUUCCGACUGAAGAACGUGAAGAAGGUCGCACCGAUCGAGUUCGUCGCCGUCGCCCUCCUCAUCCACUCUCAGAUGCGCAAGAUGAGUCUCGCGCAGCUCUCGGCGGCCGUUACGGCGAUGCGGCAGGACAUUCGCAAGGACGAGAAGGACAUCAGGCAGAACACUCGAUGCAUGAAACUCCUUAUGUCGUGGAUUUUGAAGACCAAACCCAGCAGAUUUGACGUAGACCCUGCGAACAUCGUGGUGGCGUACGACGAGGUGCUCCCAGAGAAAGCGCAGUUGCUGUCGAAGAGCAAGACGAAAAAGGUCUCCACGACAACUUCGAAGUCUACAGUCAAGAGGAAAAGAUCCACUGCGGACCCGGGUGCGUCACAGUAA